AUGGGUACAUCAUGCGCGCCGGUGCGAAACGCCGAGGGUACUGUGGCCCUGCCUCAAGGCGUUGGGGCCAUUGCGACGGACAGCAACGUGCCAGAGGGGCACAAGGGCCUGCACGGCUUCCUCUAUGGCGAAUCAGGCGCGGAAGUCCAUGACGAUGAAGGCAGGGACUACCAGACACGGGAGGGUGAGGAUGACGGCACAUCACUGGUGCCAGUGGAACGGUACCUAGCAGUACGGCAGGGGGAGAAACCUCUGGGGGUGUAUGCGCUGUACGACAGCAGGCGCAACCUGCAGUACGUGGGCUAUGCGCGCAACAUGACCAUGGCCAUCAAGGGCCAUGCGGGGCGAGUGGGUGAGGAGCGGUGCGCGUACGUGCGUGCGUUGGUGGUGGCGAACCGAGCGCUGAUGAGCCGGGGCCACCUGGAGGAGCAGGCCAACAACUGGCUCGCCGAGGCCGGCACGCUGCCGCCCGGCAACGGCGUCGAGCGCGACCUGUGGGAGGGGACGACGCCGGUGAGCGGGCUGCCGGCGGCUGACGUGGCUGUGCUGGAGGAGCGAGCGCUCAAAAUGCGCAAGGCCAUGGGUGAGAACCUGGCGGACGAUGUCGCUGGCGAAUCCGUCGACUCCAAGCAGCGCCGCCUGAACCUCAUCAGGGCGGUGGAAGGCGAUGAUUGGAGCAGUGUCAUUGACGGACAAACAGCGCAGACGAUUGAAGACAGCGGCAACGGCGCAGAAGCGCCCACCCACCCGGCAUCGACCCCCUUUGCGCGCGCAUCAGUCCACCGCUCGAUCGGGGAUUCGGCGCCGGCAGAGACGCCUGAUUUGACGCCGGAGAGUGUGAACGCAGCGCUAGACGAGGUGCGGCCGUACCUCAUCGCUGACGGCGGCAACGUAGAGGUCGCCUCCAUCUCCGACGGCGUUGUCUACCUCCGCCUCCAGGGGGCCUGCGGCACCUGCCCGUCAUCAGCAGGAACCAUGAAGAUGGGCAUCGAGCGUGCACUCCAGGGAGCGUUUGGGGAUAAGCUGAAGGGCGUGCUGCAGGUGGAUGCCACGUCCACAGCCUCUGAUCUGGCUUCAGUUGAUGCCCACCUGGACAUGCUCAGGCCGGCAAUUGCCUCCUAUGGCGCCAGUGUGCAGGUUCUCUCGGUGAGCGGGGGAGUUUGCAAGGUGCAGUUUGGGGGUCCGCCGCCCAUUGGCAUGGGUGUGCAAGCCGCCAUCAAGGACAAAUUCCCAGACAUCAAGACUGUGGAACUUGUCAGCUGAGGUCAACCGCAAUCAUAGAGGAGAUAAGGGACAAAAUAUUGUCUUUUCAGUGUGACAAUCAAAUAUGACAAAGGAGCCUGUGACAAUUUGUUUAAGCUAGUGUUGCCAUGUGACUUAGAAACAUGCCAAGCAAGCGUGUUUCCUGUAAGAAGACAUCUGCACCAAGUAGAUCUGCCUUGUAAUGGUGAACUUUCUGUCUAUAAUCGAUGAAAGAACUAAUUUGGGCUGCGCUGGUCGUAAAAUCAUUUAAACAUG